AUGUCUGAAUCAAAACCACUUAUAAGAUACUCACCACCAAGGUUUGAGAAUUUUACGGAAACUCCUAAAGACAUUAGUAAUGAGACAAAUAUGUUCACCUCUGUUGCAACCACCACUACAACUUCAAAUUACAGUCCAAUUGAAGAUGCUAUUGAUAAGUCAAUUGAUGAUUUUGCUGUAAAUUAUCCAAUCGAUGAUUUUUCUUUUAAUAAGCCAAUUGAUGUUGCUUUUGACAACCAAGUUGAAGAUUCCGUUGAGGAUGUGAUUAUAAAAUCUGUUGACACUACACGUAGUACUAUUGUUGACGAUUCAUCUAUGACUGAUGACGCAGCAGAAACUACUCUUUCAGCUGAAAAGGCAAUUGAUGAAGCGAUCCAUCUACCACCUAUCACUGAUGUCACCAAUAUAAUAACAUCCAUCCACACUUCAACAGAAAGUGUUAUUGAUACAUCUGUUGAUAAUUUUUUCGUGUCUUCUGCCAAUAGUUUCAACAGAAUUACAGGUGAAAACUGCUUCGUUACUGCUGUUAAUAAUUCCGUUGCUGCUGAUAUCCCAACUAUGCUUGUUACAUCAGUUGGUGAAUCCAUUGUCGACCCUAGUGAAUAUUCUCUUGUCAGUAUUACCGGAUCUCCAAGUAUUGAGCGAAACGAAGGUUAUAAAACAUUGAUUCAAACUGGAGUCAACCAUUACGGAAUAAAAGGAGAAAAGAAUUUCAUUUUGAAAUACCUUUGUAACGAAAUGGUUUCUACUCCAGGUUCUCAUUUCAAAUUCUUAAAGAAAUAUCUUGAUAGUACGAGUGCAUCCACUGAUUCUAAAUUUGAUUUGGGUAUUGAUGAAGUCCCGAGUUUUCCAAACGCAUUGGGCAUUGAUGAAGCUCCCCCCACCCUUAACGUACCUUCAACAAUGGAUGAAAAUUUUAGCAACUCAAACGUCUUGGUAAGAGAUACUCGAUCAAACAGAAAAGCAAUUUAUGGGUUCCCUUUUCUCAAAAUAAUUUGGUCAAAUGUUAUCGAUACGAUGAAGAAUAGUUAUCAAGCAUUGAAAUUAAACUUCAUCCCUACAUCAAAUAGCAGGAAUACCAACUAA